GUCACCUCAGUAAUGGAAUGCCGUGCAGACGCCCGCCCACCUCAGCCACCAAUCAGAAGAGAGAAGGAAGCGACUGACAGCCGCGGGGGCCAAUUAAAACAGCAGGGUUGUUAUGCCACAAGGAGCCAAAGCGGAGAUCUAGCAGCAGGAAGAUGCGGGUAUUGGGCACUGGUCGGGCGCUGCGGGUGGCAGCCAUAAAGAAGUUUUGCAAAAAGACAAGCUUCUCCACUCAGGCAGGAGUAGAAUGUAUCGCUCCUCUGUUCCAAACUGUGCAAGAAACUCCUCAGCCCAUACCAACCAAAGUCACAGGGUCCAUCCCAACAUGGAUCAGAGGAAGUCUGCUGAGGAAUGGGCCGGGCAAGUUCGAAUUUGGCAAUGACAAAUACAAUCAUUGGUUCGAUGGAAUGGCUCUAAUGCACAAUUUCAGGAUCGAGAAUGGCUCUGUCACCUACAUGAGCAAGUUCCUUCAAAGUGAUUCUUACACCAAGAAUAAGAGUGCAAAUCGAAUUGUUGUCUCAGAGUUCGGUACCUUGGCAAUGCCGGACCCCUGCAAAUCUACGUUUGAUCGAUUUAUGUCCAAAUUCAAACUCAUUUCAACAGAUAACUGCAGUGUGAACUAUGUACUCUAUAAAGGUGACUAUUAUGUCAGCACUGAAACCAAUUUCAUGCGUAUGGUGGAUCCUGAAACCUUGAACACUCUGGAUAAGGUUGACUGGAGCAAAUAUAUUGCUGUAAAUGGGGCCACAGCUCAUCCCCAUUAUGACCCAGACGGGACGGUGUACAAUAUGGGAAAUUCAUAUGGAAAACAGGGAACACUUUACAACAUUAUUCGGGUUCCUCCUCAGAAGUCCAGUGCAGGAGAGACUCUGGAAGGGGCUCAAGUUAUUUGUUCCAUCGAACCAGAGGAGAAAAUGAAGCCUGCUUACUAUCACAGCUUUGGAAUGAGUGAAAAUUAUGUGGUGUUUGUUGAACAACCCCUUAAACUGAACAUCAUGAAGUUAUUGUUCAGUCAGAUACAAGGAAAGGCCUUCUCAGGAAGCAUGAGCUGGGAACCUGAACAAAAUACUGUAUUCCAUGUUAUUAAUAAACAUACAGGAAAGAAACAUUCUGCUACUUUUGACGCGAAGGCUUUUUCAACAUUUCAUCAAAUCAAUGCCUUUGAGGACCAGGGCUGCAUUGUGGUUGAUCUUUGUUGCCAGGAUGAUGGAGGAGCUGUGGAAUUAUUCAAGCUACAGAAUCUGCGCAAAUCGGGAGAUGAUCUGAAUGAGAUCUUCAGAAAGGUGGCCAAGGCUUAUCCUCGUAGGUUUGUUCUCCCCCUGGAAAGCAGUCUCCAAGAUAAUGUGGCCAUUCAGCCUUUAAACUACUCGACUGCCACAGCUGCAAAGAAGGGUGAUGGGAAGAUUUUCUGUACUCAUGAAAACCUCCAUGACCACACACUGGACUCAUGUGGAUUAGAAUUCCCACAAAUAAAUUAUGCCAAAUAUAACACAAAGAAAUAUAGAUUCUUCUAUGGCUGUGGCUUCCAGCAUUUUGUUGGGGAUUCUUUAGUUAAAGUCGAUGUGGAGACAAAGAAAGCAAAGGUGUGGAAAGAGGAUGGGUAUUAUCCCUCAGAGCCAAUAUUUGUGCCUUAUCCAAAUUCUGUUGAGGAAGAUGAUGGCGUCAUUCUUUCAGCUGUUCUUACUCCUCAUGAGAAUAAAAAUAUCUUUCUUCUCAUUUUGGACGCCAAAGAUUUUACUGAAAUUGCCAGAGCUGAAGCACCUGUACAGAUACCGUAUGGGUUUCAUGGUAUUUUUGUACCUCAAAGGACCUAAAUAUAGGUUCAAGGAAGACUUGAAGAAUUCCUUAUGUUGGAUAAUACUUUAAUCACUGCAGCUAAUUCUUAAAACUGUGAAUUGUAUAGACAACUAUCAAGUUCUUAAUCUUUUAUAAAUACUAGAUAUGCAGUGCUAUGGUGAUCUUAAAGGGGAUGUCUGGUUAAAAAUAACUUAUAAUAACUUAAUAACUCAUCCACAGGAAACAGGAUAAGUCUGAUCACAUCUGGUCUGACCGAUAGGACCUCUGAUGGGAUCUUCAGAUAUUUAUCCUGUGGAUAGUGAAUAAGUUAUUAUAAAUGUAUUUUUAACCUAACAACUUCUGUAAGUAUAGGUUAUAACCUAUUAGGCUAGUAUACUGACUGCUCUAUUGGGUGUUAAAGGGGUUUAUGAUAUGUAAAACCAUGACUGUUUCUUCCAGAAACGACUCUUGCCCCAUGCGUUAUGUCUAGCAUUGCAGAUCAGCAUAAUUAAAGGGGUACUCUGGUGGAAGUUUUUUUUUUUUUUUUUUCUUUUUAAAUAAACUGGUGCCAGAAAGUUAAACAGAUUUGUAAAUUACUUCUAUUUAAAAAUAUUAAUCCUUUCAGUACUUAUCAGCUGCUGUAUGCUCCAGAUGAAGUUCUUUUCAGAGCAGGAUAGGUUUGCUAUGGUGAUUUGCUCCUGCUCUGGACAGUUCCUGACAUGGGCAGAGGUGUCAGCAGAGAGCACUGUGGUCAGACAGAAAAGAAAUUAAAAAAGAAAAGAACUUCCUGUGGAGCAUAGCAGGUGAUAUUUUUAAAUAGAAGUUUUACAAAUCUGUUUAACUUCCUGGCACCAGUUGAUUUAAAAAAAAAAAAAAUGUUUUCCUCCGGAGUACACCUUUUAAAGGUGAAUGAGCUGCCAUGUUGAACACGAUCCAUAGACAAGGGUGGUGCUUUUUCUAGAACGGUGUAUUUCUGUUUUUUUUUUUUCCCACCCACAAUCCCUUUUAAAUGUGGUCGGAGGAUUUGUGACUUUUUAUACUCAGCACGACUGUCGAAGUGGAGUUUGGCUGGAUCCAUGUCGACUGAUCCUGUUGUUUUUUGUGGGAAUCAAGCCGGUGCCAUAGUGCCUUGUUCUUAAAGCAAAACUGUCAGCUUUCUCUCCCCGCACUAACCAGCGGUACUGGCUGGUAGUGCAGGGGGCGCUGAUCAGUUUGAUGCUAACCGUGCCUGGAUCCGCCGCGCCGUUAGACCGUAAUCUUCUAUUUUCAGUAUAUGCUAAUGAAGUGAUAACUGGCACUCUGACGUCAGUGCCACGUGCCGCAGCGCCGCCCAGCUCAUCAAUAUUCCUCCCCCCUCUCUUCGUUACAGAGCAGGGAGAAGAGGGAGGGGAGGAAUAUUGCUGAGCGGCGCUGCGGCAGGUGGCACUGACGUCCGAGUGCCAAUUAGCCCGGCCGAUGCCAGUCAGCACCUCAUUAGCAUAUACCGAAAAUAGAGAAUUACAGCCGAACGGUUCGGCGGAUCCGGGCACGGUGAGUAUCAAACUGAUCAGCACUGGUUAGUGCGGGGGGGGAGCUGACAGUUUUCCUUUAAUCAGUUCCAUUACAAGCAGUGGAGUCCUGGCUCAUUGUUAUGCUUUAUUUUUAUCCAUUUAUUGCAGUCUGGAUAAAUCAUUAUUUCAA